CGCAGUUAGCGAGCAGCCUAUUUCGUUUCGGCAGCAGCAAGAAACGCGGCGUUUGCAUUUGCAAUGCCCAGUGCCCUCUGCAGUCCAUGGAGCAGGCACAGCUGGGUCAACUUGACCCGUCAUUGAAAACACAACACGGCUCCUUGGAUCGACUGCUACAGCAGCAGCAGCAGCAGCAGCAACAACAGUUGCAGCAAGCGCCCCAACGUCCCACUGCUUCAGCCGUGCAUUCCAUUGGGGGCGUAAUCGACGGUGGCGGUUCAGGCGCCCUCCUCGGCUCAGCCGAUUCUGAUGGUGAUGGAGAUGAUGAGAAGGAGCCCGAGCUACCACCACGUCCACCCUCCCGCGUAAAAUCGAACGUGCGACAGAUUAAAGAAGAAUUUGAUCGUGGCGUGGAGGUUGAGAAGUUCUAUCAUCAAAUCAAUGGCGAUAUAUUUGAGAUCACACGUAGAGUACGCGCCCGUGAUGAAGAUACCAUCGAACAGAAAGUAAUCAAACGCAAAGGUUCUGUUCGUUUGCCGCCGGAGCCACCGCCACGACAAUCGUCGGCAGUGCACUCGCAUAUUUACCACGGGCAUGGCCAUGGGCAUGGACAACCGCAUCAUGGACAUCGUCAUACGGUCGAUACAAGCAAGCCCCAACUACCUCCGCGUCGUCAGAAGAGUGCUGAAGAGGUGCCCGUCUCAAAGAGUGCUACGCGCGCACCGGAAGAGCUGGAAUGGUUCGAUCGCAAAGCUCAGCAAAGGCAUUCUGCACGUUCAGCUGAAAGCGGGCCAGUUCGUGAUGAUACCAUCGAGUGGCUGGAAAGACAAAGAGGCCCGGUGCGCACCUCCUCCGGUCCUAGUGAAAUCACUGUGAUGAAAGAUGAGGUACCCGAUUGGCUCCUAGAGCAUCUGCCUCGCAAGCGUUCCAUGGUUGAAAGACCACUGCCGCCAGAAUCAAAGACGAGUACUGCUUCCUACGCAAAGGCACUUAAAGAGGAAUUGGCGGAAUUGUUGAAGAAACCUUUAUCUAGGCAAAGUUCUGGUCCACCCGGCGAGUUCUCGAUUCUCAAAACGGAUAUUGUCGAUUGGCUGACAAAGUUGCAAUCGUCAUCGAGAGGCUCGGCCCGUGAGGAAGCGCCACCACCAAAAACACGUCGAUCGCACCAUCGGCGUAAUGGAAGUGGCGACACGCAACGAUCACAUUCGCAAGAAGAUGCCACUGUCGCACAGCAGGCGGCGCGCAAGCGGCACUCGCUGGGACAUAGUGACCGUAGCGAAGAAGAGGUGAUUGAUUGGAUAGCUUAUCCGCUGAACCGGCUGCAAUCACUAGGUAAGCCUCCGCAAGUGCAGCAGGUGCAAACGAUAGACAGGCGUCAGCCAUUCCUCGACUUGCAUCUCAAACCCGCACCACCGCCCCAAUCACAGCUCCCGAUAAGCACGGACCGCGAACGGAGAUCCCACGAACGAUCACGAGAACGCAAACUCCGGCACUCCGCUAGCGAAGUUGUCACUGCACCCACCACCUCCGCAGCAGCGCAAAGUCAGUUGGAGCGAUUAUAUGCAAAACCGCACAAAGAGCGUUAUCAGUAUGUGCCUAAGGAAGCCAAAGAUAUGAUGUUGCCUCCUAAGGAGACUGCUAUGACCACUGCCACCACCGCCGCGAUCAGCGCAACUUCACGCGAAUCGAAGCGUGAACGCUCGCGCCGCCACCAGACACAACGUUCGGCUACAGUUUCGGACAUGUCCGGCCAUCAUAACGGUGGCCUCAAGCGCAAAUCGUCGUCGGCUGAACGUGCACCGCGUUCCCCAUCGCCUUGCAACGAUCCCGCCUGCCGCUUGCUCCCGAUUUGCACUGACCCGCACUGCCGUUUCCUCGAAUGCCAAACAACAGGACGCAGCGGCGGAACGGCAGUGACCACAUCAGCGUCAACGAUGAACCUCGCACGUCAUCAGCAGGUGGCGAGGGCUCAAAUGCACACAGUGCCUGCACACAUAACUUCAGAUGACACACCAACGCCACCACCACCGCCUCCAACAUUACAACAACAGCAGCUGCAACAGUUCCAAGCACUACCGCAGCGGCGGCUGGUCAUAUGUCAUGAGUGUCGCUCGUGCGCACCAUUGCUUACCUGCCAAAAUCGUAAAUGCUUCAAUGCCGCCAAGUGCAACUCACUGCCCCGCAGCGCAGCGGACUUCAAUCGGCUGCGCACUACCCUAGCUCAGCCACCAACUACGCUCAACGACAUAGAACCGGCGCCUGAGACCCCUUCACCGCAAUUGCGGCAUCCAGCUAUGCAAUAUCGUAGUAACUCGCAACCGAAUACGCUGCAACGUGGCGAUUCGGCUGCAGCCAUUUGGCAACAGGAAAGCAAUGGCGCGGUGGGGAGCAGUACGAUGAUGGCAACAGGUAUUACCCAUGCCAUCAUCUCAAGUUCACAACCACCGCUGCCUCCCUCGUCCCUACACAUCGGUUCCAUGACAAACGGUCGACACUAUUACAACGGUCGUAACGGUACUAGUAUGCCUCAUCUCAACGGCACCAAUGGCAAAUUGAUGAAGUCCGCAUCGGCGGCAUCGCUCAAUUCGCGAAGACGUCGUCAUAAAACGGUCCAUUUCGGCGAGAAUUUGCUACGCGAAGUUUGUCAAAAUCGUAAACUAAUCAAAACUGAACAAGUUCCGUCCGGGUCGGCGCCAAUGAAGGCCAACAUACAAAUGCUGUAUAAUUUUGUAGAAGGUGUGUUGAGCGCAUGGGUGGACGACGACGAGGAGCAGGUGCGUUCCGGCGCCGAAUCAGAGCCCGAGCAGGGCACCAUGGCACUUAAACCCAUUUACCGUUGCAAUCGACUGCGUUAUCAGUGCAUAAAACGUAUCGUAGAGGAAGCGGCGGAACUGCACGGCACAUUGAAGCUGGGAAAUUCGCGUUAUCGUCAUCGACAUUGGCGCAGCACAGCCAAGCAAUGCAACGAAAUGUUUUUGCGUAAGAUAUCUGAUGAUGAUCGAAUGAGCUUAACUACGGCCGUAUCUGAUGAAGAUGAUGGCGAAAGUGUCAUGGCGUCACCAUAUAAAGCAAAGGCAACUGGAACAGCUGCUUCCUCAUUUAAUUGUACUGGUGCUGUACGCAAAGCUGGUUUCUUGUCGGUGAAAAAAUGGCUACUCCGCAAAAAGCAUCAAAUCGAAUUAGCACGCAAACGCGGCUGGAAAGGCUAUUGGGUUUGCCUCAAAGGCACCACACUACUCUUCUAUCCGUGCGAUUCACGUGAGGGACGCAGCGUCGAAGCGGCACCAAAACAUUUAAUUAUUGUUGAUGGUGCGAUUAUGCAACCAAUACCGGAACAUCCCAAACGUGAUUAUAUAUUCUGUUUGAGUACAGCAUUCGGUGAUGCGUAUCUCUUCCAGGCGCCCUGUCAGGUUGAAUUGGAAAACUGGGUAAAUAGCAUUCAUAGCGCCUGUGCUGCAGCAUUUGCAAGGCAUCGCGGCAAAACAGGAACUCUACAUCUCUUGCAGGAAGAGAUAUUCCGUUUGGAGAAAGCCAUUGAAUCGGAUCACAAGUUGAAGCACAUGGCUGAGCUGCAGCAAUCCGUUGUUACCGACCAGGAUACUCGCCACCAAAUACAGACACAAAUCCUGCAAUGGGAGGAGAAUUUGGAACGUUUACAUUGCGAACAGUUCCGCUUGCGUUGCUACAUGGCGUCAUUGCAGAGUGGCGAAUUGCCAAAUCCAAAAUCUUUGCUCACACACGUUUCACGGCCAACUAAGAACACAUUGAACAAAUUGGGCGUCUUCACUGUAUCCUCAUUUCAUGCAUUCAUUUGUGCUCGUUCACCAUCGUUGCUGAAUAACUUAUUGGCCGGUCGUGGUGCCACUAAACGUCGACCUCCGAUGCUCUCGCGUUCGAAUAGCGGCUCAAGUCGACGAUCCAUGCAGAUGAAUUCACGUGACGAACCGGAAAAAACAUUCAAAGUUGCCAUGCCUGAUAACGCCUAUGCUACAGUUUAUCUACGUGAUGCCAUGUCGGUGGAGGAAUUUCUGGCUAGCGCCUGUGCACGUCGCAAUCUCAAUCCAAUGGAACAUUUCGUACGUGUGAAGAAGCGACGUGACAUGGAGGAUCACAACUACUUUGUGCCACACCGAAAUGAUUUGAUUGAAAAUUACUUGCAUAAUCACGAAUUCGUUGAGGUCUGCAUGAAGAUACUCUAUCAAGUGGAAUUACAUCGAACUACGCUCGAGCAAAUGUGGGGCUUCUCCGUCGAAGCGGAACUGAUCGAGAACGCCGAACGGCAAGAUGAACUCUGCUGCUAUGUAAGCCGAGUGGAGGAUAAGAGUGUUGCUAUGCAAAAUGGAAUUAUCAAGGGAGACGAAAUAAUGGUGAUCAAUGCUGCUAUUGUAUCCGACUUGGAUAUGAUGUAUUUGGAAAGCGUACUGCAAGAGGAGCAAUCACUAUGCAUGAUGAUGCGCUCAUCACGCACUGAGCCACCGGAUCUAGUUGGCAUUAUGCGCGUCACUGAUGACAUGAUUGAUUCAUUGGUUUGUCCACCACCCCCGUCAGAUCCGCCCGUAAUGAGCGAGGAGAUGAUAUCCGGUUUAAUCGUACCGGCGCCAGGUUGGAAUGGCACCGGUAAAGAUUUAUAUUCACCUGAGGCCGAAAGCUCACCGGCACCAUCAUCCGUUGAGCCGACACCAGCACAAAUGGUCGCAGCCGGCACCAAGCCGACCUCACGUACGAGCAGUUUCGAAAUUGAGAAUCUUCUAAAGACCGCAGAGCAGGUUACCGGAUUUUGUCGUUCACCUCAGGAAACCCGUAAAUCCAGCCCGACCGGCUCUGUCACAUCUUCAGUCUCGAAUGCCGCACUGACACCGUCACGUCAGCUUACCGAUGCCGAGAAACUGCGCAAGGUUAUCUUGGAAUUGGUCGAUACAGAACGCACUUACGUUAAGCAUUUGAACAAUCUACUGGAGCAUUACUUGGAGCCAAUGAAACGAGAGACAUUCCUAUCGAAUGCUGAAAUAAAUGCACUCUUUGGUAACAUUCACGAAAUUGUCACAUUCCAAAGACAAUUUUUGCAAAAUCUCGAAGAAGCACUUGAAUUGGAGCCAGACUUUCAUAAAUUCGAGCAUUCUGGUCAGUUCCGGAACGUUCUCUUUGCUAUCGGUUCGGCAUUCUUGUACUACGUCAACCAUUUCAAACUGUACUCAUCAUUUUGCGCCAGUCAUAGUAAGGCCCAGAAAGUUUUGCAUCCCAAUGAAGGUAAUCACGCACUACAGGAGUUCCUUGCCGCACGUAAUCCGAAGCAGCAACAUAGCAGCACUCUGGAAUCGUACUUAAUCAAACCAAUACAGCGCAUUCUCAAAUAUCCUUUGCUUUUGCAACAGUUACGGAAUUUAACCGAUUCACGAGCCGAUGAACACCUACACUUGUGCGAGGCCCUCAAGGGCAUGGAAAAAGUGGCCGAGCAUAUCAAUGAAAUGCAACGAAUUCACGAGGAAUAUGGUGCUAUAUUCGAUCAUUUGUUCCGACAACAUCAGAAGUCAUGCAAGCAACCCAUUGAUUUGAGUCCAGGUGAUCUACUCUAUUAUGGCGGCGUUGAGUGGCUGAAUAUUUCUGAUUUCCUUGGCAAAAUCAAGAAGGGUUUGGAGUUGCAUGCUAUGUGCUUUGUUUUUAAAUCAGCGGUUGUGUUCCUUUGCAAAGAACGUUUGCGUCAAAAGAAGAAACUUAUGGGUGUCUCGAGUAAAAACGCCCCCAAUGAAGUCGAAAUCAUACGCUACCAAGUGCUCAUACCAGUCACCGAGGUGCAAGUGCGCGCCUCUUCAGCAAAAGACAUGGACUCACAUUUCUUAUGGGAAUUGAUACACUUACGCUCGCAAUUGCAGCGCCGUUCCGAAAAGGUUUACGUGCUCUCGAACAGCACGGCAGACUUCCGUAACGCAUUCCUCAAAACCAUACGUCAGAUCAUACGCGAAAGUGUACGCAACAUGUCAAUUCCGAUGAAAGGAUUUGGUAGUUCCGGCUCAGUUUCGGGAAUUUCGUCGCAAGGUGGCGGUUCGGGUAGUUCCCAGACGCUGGAACGGCCAAAACAACAGAUAACAAUCAUUCAAGGCUCACAGACAUUAGGUAAACCCAAAAAGAAAUCCGGUUCGCAACGUCAUUCUGCCGGCAACAUCGACUAUGAUAAUCUCUCGGGUAGCCAAGAGGCUGACGAUGUGCCAAUGUUGCAUCAUCAGCAUCAGCAGCAGCUACAACCAACUGGUUUCCGAGGACGCAGUAAGACCGUGGGCGAUGCUAUAGACCUAAUCUCCUCCUCUAUAGACCCACAGCAGCAGCAUCAAAAGCAUAUGCAACAUCAUCAACAACAAAUGCAUCAUCAUCAACAAAUGCAUCAGAGCGAUAUUGAGCGCAUGGAUCCGGGUACCAAAUCUGAAGGAGAAGAAGACUCCCAGCAGGGCACAAUCAAAGCGAAAGCUACGCUGGGUCGUACACCCAACCAUUUGACUCUAAGCACCACAUCAACCCUAUCGGUCGGCAGCACUGGUAGUCAAGCGCGUUUGAUACAAUCAUCCCAUCCGCCAUCGAGCUAUCAGCCAGUUCUCAUGAAAGAUUUAGGUAAGACUUACUCAAUAACAAACGAACUAUCGUCCGAGUCGGAUUUGCAGGCUGCAUCCGUAGCAGCAGCUUUUAAUUUAAGUUUAGGUAGUAGUGGUAGUAGAGCAAUAACAAUUAGGGGUGGUGAUAUGGCUAACACAGGUAGUCGUAACGGUAAUAAUUUACAUCGUGUCCCUACUCCUAAGCGUUUGUCGCCUAGACAAUCGCCCAAAGCAGAUAUUGAAGUAAUAGAAAUUUUCGCUAACGAGCUAAGUCAGUUGACCGCCGCUGAGCAAGUAUCGGUUGUGCAUCAUUCGGGAAAAGAGUCUUCCAAAAAGUCAAGCAUGCGCCAGGCAAGUGUCAGUAGUGGUAGCAGUAGCAACGGUGCUACGGCUUCCGCCAGCGAUGUAAUAACUCAUGUAGUCGACAAACACUUAAGUGAUCUGGAACACGAACAGCUCACUGACACCACAUACGAUAUCGCCGCUUACAUGGCCAACCUUAAAGAGCAAGCACUCGAAUCACAAGAUCUGCAAAUGGACACACAGGAUCAGCAACAGAAUGACUCAAGUCUUUCGCCGGAGCCGCAGACAGUUGUAGAAAAUACCCAGCAAACGGUAGUGGCUGAAAUCGAAUCUCCCCCUCGGCCUGCCACAGAAUCUGACAGCACCGGAACAACGACAGGUACUUCCGAAAAGUCGGAGGAUGAAUCGGAAGAUGCUAUGUCAACGGGUGCGCACCAUAUCAUCAUUGACAAGAAAGUAGAUAAAGUGUUCAAGUCCAAGCCCUCGGAGAAGGCACAAAAAUCGAGUAGUGGUAGCAGUAACAGCAUUGCUAGUACUGGCACCAAAUCGAAAACGACGAAGUCGCCACGUCAGAGUAUUCACAUUUCACCCGACCGCUCCAAAUCGCAAGGUAGCUCGCCCGUACGCAUAAUAAAGAUAAAAUCACCUCGUUCUAGUGUCAGUGAGCAGGGUAAGCGAUUAAGUGCUAGUUCCAGCCGAGACUCCUCAGCCGAUCGCCUUUCCAGCGGACGGCGCACUCCCAGCCCUCGUCGCAGCUCGGAAGGUAGUGGAAUACUAAAGCGACCCACCAGCCCAGCUGCUGGCAUACUGAAGCCUCCGCCAAGCCCCAGCAAGUCGAAGAGUCCCGACCGAAGCUGCCUGAAGAAACUCGCUCCCGCGCACGACUGCAGCGUCGAGUCACUUUCCCCACAUAUUUCGCCACGCGAUAGUAUUGAACACCUAUCGCCCGAUCGUGCCAGCACGAGUCUCUGCCAGCGGCAUUCGCCACGUAGCAGCUUCGACAGCCGCAGCUCUGAGCCAACUCUUGAUAUACCACGCUCGUCGCUAAAAUCACCACGCGGAAGUUUCGAAUCGCGUUCUCCUGACCGCUGCAGCCGCAAGCGCAGUCAAUCCGCGCAUGGCAGCUUUGAAACCGGACAACGCGCUGCAGCGCUUGCUGCCUCCGAAGCCUACUACCAGUAUUACCCGAUAUAUGAUAAUCAGACCUGUAGUGAUCAUUAUAUUUCAGCAGCUACAACCGGUAUGCAACGAGAUGCCGGCACUUCCACGACAAGUACGCGUCGCUUAAGCAAAUCCUUGGAGCGUUCAACAUCGCGUGAAAGCACUACAAGCAGCUCGUAUCGUUACGGCGUUUCACCGGAACGCAUUUACACAAUCAACACAAUGGGUACUGGUCCCUUGCGUUCGCAGUCGGCUGAAAACGCAUUUGAACGUUACGCCUACGAUCCGCACACGGGGCAACAUUAUCAAGUGCAAGCGCGAGAAUCGGCCACUGCUGCUCCACCUGCCGCCUUCAUGUACAGCCACGAACCACAGUGUCCACACGAGCGUAUCGCCGCAUACCAGCUCAGCUCGUCUGCGCCCGAAUACACGACAUGUAUUGACUGUAUGUACCAGAAGAGACCCUCCUAGCAUAAGGCCCGCGUGCGGCAGAGUCGUACGCGGAAGAAGACACCACGUGGCGUAGUUCAACCACCGACGGCAACGGCUUCGGGUAUGAUUUGUGCGGCCAGCUUUGAUCCGGAGGCAGCCGUUGCGGCGGGUGCUAGCGAGGCAAGCGGUUGUGUGGAUUGUCACGACUACUACGAGAUACACGUUUAAAUGGAAAUUAAAUAACUGAAAUGAAAUACAUAUAUAUUUAAAAAAAAAAAAGUAUCUAAACCUAAAAGAAAAUCUUACUUGUGCAGUCCUUACAUACGUACAUUACCAUCAGAACCAUCAGAAAUGAACUUGUUGCCAUCCAAAGGUCCUCAACUAAUAAGUUUACAUACAUAUGUACAUAUUUAUGUGCAUAUGCGUAAACGUAUGUAUUUAUCUUUGUUGUUU